GGGCUCUCCUGUUGCCAGGUGAAGCGCCACGUCUCCGCCUCCUCCCGCGGUAGCGCGCGGCCCCGCAGAGCGCACGCAGGCGGCCCGGCUCGGCUCGGCUCGGCUCGGCGACGCGCGACGCGCACCGACCUCCGCCAUGGCGAAGGCGAUCAAGAAGGGAUUGUUCUGCCCGAGCUUCGUGAGGAAGAACUGGCUGCUGCUGAGCACGGUGGCCGCGGUGCUGGCGGGUAUUGGGAUUGGCGUGCUGGUACGAGAAUAUGGCAAUCUGUCUAAUUUGGAUAAAGUCUACUUUGCAUUUCCUGGGGAACUGCUGAUGAGAAUGCUCAAACUCAUCAUUCUGCCAUUAAUCAUAUCAAGUAUGAUCACAGGUGUUGCUGCUUUGGAUUCCAACAUUUCUGGGAAGAUUGGUUUGCGAGCAGUUGUAUAUUAUUUCUGCACAACAGUCGUUGCUGUAAUAUUAGGGAUUAUCCUUGUUGUGACCAUUAAACCUGGAGUGACUCAAAGAGCAAGUGAUAUUGACAGAGUGGGCAGUACCCCAGAAGUCAAUACUGUUGAUGCCUUGCUGGAUCUGCUCAGGAAUAUGUUCCCAGAGAACCUUGUUCAGGCCUGUUUCCAACAGUAUAAAACCAAACGUGAAAAAGUUAAAGCUACAAGUGCUGUGGAUAAAAAUAGCUCCAUAUUUCGAGAGGAACCCACUACAAUAGCAAUGACAGCAAACGCUCCAGAGAACAAAACCCAAGAGUAUAAAAUUGUGGGGAUGUAUUCCAAUGGCAUCAAUGCGCUGGGGUUGAUUGUCUUCUGCCUUGUUUUUGGAGUGGUUAUUGGGAAAAUGGAGGAGAAAGGACAAGUGCUGUUGGAUUUCUUCAACGCUCUGAAUGAAGCUACAAUGAGAAUAGUUCAGAUAAUUAUGUGGUAUAUGCCAAUUGGUAUCUUGUUUUUAGUUGCUGGGAAGAUAAUAGAAGUUGAGGACUGGGAAAUCUUUCGUAAAUUGGGUCUUUAUAUGGCUACGGUACUAAGUGGACUUGCAAUCCAUUCCAUUAUAGUUCUGCCGCUUAUCUACUUAGUAAUAGUAAGGAAAAAUCCUUUUCGGUUUGCCAUGGGGAUGGCUCAGGCACUUCUGACAGCCCUCAUGAUCUCUUCCAGUUCAGCAACUUUGCCUGUCACCUUCCGCUGUGCAGAAGAAAAAAACUUGAUUGACAAAAGAAUCACAAGGUUCGUUCUUCCAGUUGGAGCUACCAUCAACAUGGAUGGCACUGCUCUUUAUGAAGCAGUAGCAGCCAUAUUUAUUGCACAGCUGAAUGACUUAGAACUGGAUAUUGGCCAAAUAGUUACCAUUAGUGUCACAGCUACUGCAGCCAGCAUCGGAGCUGCAGGCGUGCCCCAGGCCGGACUUGUUACCAUGGUGAUUGUGCUGAGUGCCAUUGGCCUGCCUGCCGACGAUGUCACUCUGAUCAUUGCAGUUGACUGGCUUCUGGAUCGGUUCAGAACAAUGGUGAACGUCUUGGGAGACGCCUUUGGUACAGGAGUAGUGGAGAAGCUCUCCAAAAAGGAGCUGGAGCAGAUGGAUGUCACCUCUGAAGUCAACAUAGUCAAUCCUUUUGCUUUGGAAACAGGAAUUGAUAAUGAUGAAACACAAGCCAAGAAAUCUUAUGUCAACGGAGGCUUUGCUGUAGAUAAAUCUGAUACCAUAUCCUUCACACAGACAUCCCAGUUCUAAAGCCAGUAGCUUUCAGAUAAAACAGGGGCACUAAGGGAGAUGGCCAUAUGCAAUAUCUCAAAAAGUUUAAAGGAAAUUGAGAAUGAAUUACAUCUUACAUCUGAUUUUACCACACAGACUCUGAUUCUCUUUACCAUUUCUGCCCCUUCUCAUCAUCUCCCUCAACAGUUUGAACUCACCAUUGUUAGUCCUUACUGACAGGCUAAAGAAAAAGACAGUUGUAAAAUACUUUUUUUUUCAGAAUAUAUACUAUUCCUGAGGCUGUGAAAUGCCUCUCUGGAAUCAGCAUGUUCAUAAAUGGGUCAUUAGCUGGGGGAUAGCCAAAUGUGUUUUACUCAGGAGUACACAACAUACAUUAUACAUUACCACAUCACAAAGUACCUGUAUGAAAUCCCUUUUUACAUCCUUGCCUUCUAAACAGGUUGCACAGUACUUGACAACUCCUGUAACUUGAUCAUUUGCCAAAACGCUAAUUUCUGCAGCUGAGGGGAUACUACUUGCAUGAUUCAGGAAAAAACAGACCAGAAGGGCCUUGAAAUAAGUACAUUUUACUGUGAAUAGGGUUUAUUUUUCAUUCAAUUGUGAAAUAAUUAGUCACUGAAAGAGGUCCAGUAUUUAUGUAGCUAAGUUUCCUCAUACCUUUCAUGUGAACGCCAGCUGCUGGUAUUGGCCUUCAGAUGUGAAUUAAAUUGUUCUGAGCUUGCUGUUCUUGCAUUUGAAGAGCUUUGGUAAAAUUAUACUUUAUCUAUUUAGGUCAACUUUAAUGGCCUCCUUGUACAUUUCUGUCAGAAAUAAAAGUCCAUUUUGUGUUGUCCACUUAUGAUUUUAACAAAGUAUUAGUCAGCCCAAAAGUAAGCAGAGGUCAUGAAAACAAAAGUGCAGAGUGCAAAUUCUAAAUGUUUCUUCCUUGCAAUAAAAGCAGAUAUAUAUAUAUAUACAUACACAUAUGUCAAGAAUAUAGGAAUGAGACCUUUCUCAUAGAAAGAAGCCACUUUCAUUAAACUUCUUACACAGACUGAUUUUUUUUUUUUUGGCUCUUUGGUUUAGUUUAUCAGUUGAACAUGCAAGUUUAUAGCUGCAACACCACUACAGUGCCAACCUGUCAGCUAAACUGUAUCUUAUGAACCAUUUCUUGACCCAGAAAAUCAUGUCCUCAGGUGGCUUGCUGUAACAUAAGCACCGAGAACUUCCUCAUUAAAAAUCUCCAUUUUCUAUAACAUUUUAUACAAGAUUUCCAUGGUGCAAAAAUCACUCUCUCAAGGGAGGAGUUGCUAUAACAAUUUUUUUUUUUACCUUGCACGUUGAAGUGGUUAGCCAUUUUAUAUAUAAAUUAAACCGAAAUUCAUAUACAGUUAUUUCUUUGUGAAUAAGGUUGUGGUAAGCAUAAAAUCACAUUCAUUUGCUAACAAAAAACCCUCCAAGUACCUGCAGUGUUAAAUACUCUAUUCAAUCCUACACUUUUGUAUUUAGACAGACCAGAAUUGUGCCAAAGAGAACUGAUUAGGAAGAAAAAUAUUUACUGUAGAUUUUGAUAAACUGCACUUUAAAUUAAUGAGACAUAAUGCUGAAAAGCCAGGGAAUCUCAGAAAAACGGAAAGCUGUGUAACGACGUAUAUUUGUAUUCCACGGACAGAUUCAAGCGAGAUCUCUUUGGUUGCUCUUGGGGGAUGAAGUUUAUUCAGGACGCAGAGAGGCUCUGCCUCGAGCUGCCAGACACAGCACGUGGCUGGGCCUCGGGUGAUGAGGGAGGGGAGAGACAGAGAGGAGAGCAGGGACUCCCGGAGGACUCUCCAGGAGGGGAAGGGAAGAUCCAAGAGAGCGUCCAGCCCCCCGGAGAGCCUUUAUCAAAGGGGGCUCCAGGGUGGGCUGGAACAGGACCUGGGCCAAUGGGGUCACAGGCACCUGAUGGUUCAGGGGAGGGUUACAGAUGUGGGGUGAACCAUACAUUCUGGGGGGGUGACAUGGAAGAGUCCAUUCGGCUUUUGGACCCCGCUGUAGGUGAGGGUAAUUGUCCAGCCAGUAGGGGGCGUUAUAUUCGUCCUGGCUGUACCAUUGUGGUUCUUAAUCAUAUUUAUCUACCCUUCCCAACAAGCUGGACAAGACAAACGCAGGUCUGAACCAAAGUGGUUAAUCAAGCGUUCUCCGUUUAUUCAAGAUAAGGUGGUAGUUUAUAUAAGCUUCUACAUAGUUUACAAAAACAAAGACACUCUGAUUGGUAGGCUAACAUUGUUUGCCUUUUCCUUAAAACGGCCUACACCUUACACUAUAAAACCUAUACUAAUUCACACCCAGACAACCCAGUGGUCCCCAUCACACCUUAAGACUAUUUCUAUCUGUGCCACAAGCUCUGAAUUUCUAACUGCGUCAAGAGGCUUGAAGGCCUCACCAGGCCUAAAUCUGAGGCCUAGACUGGAGUAGCUCAAAUUUCAUAACUCAUGUCCUCUUUCUCUCAAAGAUGCUGCAACAAUGCUGUAUUUAAAUUUAACGUCAUAAACUAUAUGAAAAUGUUAAUCUAAGUAUUGGUGAACUUAUACAAUAUAAAGAAAAUGUACAGAUUGAGUAAAUCAAUCUUUUACCUUUGCAGAAACAGUAUGAGACAGUCUUUAUUUGUGCAGUUUGCUUAUGGGAAGAAAAAGGCUACCAGUUUCCAUGACUAGUCUAUAAUCUAUGCCUUGUCUUUAAACAGCUUUUUAAGUCACCGUUUUCUGAUCACCUUAUUAUGUAACCACCCUUUAAUGAUGUACUGUGAACAGUGUUCUUAAUGUGUUAUAAAUAAAUAAUUUCUCUCUUUA